GCCUUCCUUGUGGUCACCUUUUGCGUACACCAUCGCUACUUCUCUGAGGUCAACCAUCAUGAUCAGUCUCUGCUCGGCCAGCCGUCAAGUCCAUUGAAUCAGUCCCUGGCCCAGGAGGCUCUCGCACGGCUGCGUCCUUUUGAGGUUGUUCGUAAGUCAAUCCAGGCCCGUUCGCCUGUGGGAGGACCAAGUGGGGACCUCCAUACGGCUGGACCCAGCCCCGCCGGGCCUUGAACUUGAUUGAGCCAGAGGUCACAACGGCUGUCCUUUGAUCCGUCCGCCGAGCGCCGAAUUUGGACUCAUUGGCAUGGGGGAUUAACACCGAACCUUUAGUCUCCCCUCGUCCUGGACCUGAUUCAAGAUGGCUUCGUCCUACCACGCUCGGCGAGAGCGUCAGGCCCCCGCCGUAGUUGGUCCCACCCCUAUCCCUUCGUUAGCGACUGCCACCACCGUGUCCAUCCCAGCUAGCAGCCACGUAUCUGCUCCGCGAUCAGCCGUUGCGACCACGGACACAUCUUUGGAUCGAUGGAGCCGUUUGGGUCGUCAUUCAUCCGAGGAGCUCAAUCGCCUGGCCCUGAGCCCGCUCGUCCGGCGGAAGCGGGCCCACGGCCAGUUGGCUCCACAUGAGCAACUCUACGUGACCCUCAAGCGGAUCAAAGCCGGUUCGGCCGAGCCUCAUCCCGGGCACGCCACUACCCGUCCUCAGUUGGCCCUACGAUCCACCAGUCACGCCAGCUCGACUGGGAUUGGCCCGUCGGCUUCGAGUGGCCUGAUGACCAAGGCUGGUCGGAGUCGAACCGUCCCGGCCGGCGUCACGGGCGAACCACCGGCCCCGGAAGAGGAGAGUAGGCCAGUGCGAUCGGAGUCCAGCCGCCCGAUGACCGUGCGAGGCCGACACUUUCGCGAGCGGUUGAGAAAUGCCAUUUUGGACGAGGACAAGGACGCAUUGCGGCGACGCGUGCGUGAGUUGGAGAGCGAGAAACUCGCGCUCAGCGAUAAGGUCAGCCAACGCAAGACCAAGAUCUUGCAGUACAAGGCCGCCAAACUGGAGCAGGAUACCAAGUAUUUUCGAUUGGCCACGGAGAAUGCCCGUCUGAAGUCCGAAGUGAAAGAGGCGCAACGCGACAAACAAGUAGCCGAUCAAUCGCACGUCCGGGAGUUGAAAGAAGUGCGACUUCGGCUCGAGGCCAUGAAGAAAAAGGCCGAAAAGGCUGAGCUCGAACGUGCCAAAGUGGAAUCUCAGCUCUCGCAGAGCACGGGCGGCGAGAGCUUCCUUCAAGAUAUUUUGAGCAAUUUCAAAGAGAUGCUCGAGACCAACUUGCAAUGCUCUAUUUGCAGUGAGGUACUAAUCUUAUCGACCACUGUCUCGUGCGGACACACCUUCUGUGAAGAUUGUAUUGCCUCUUGGAAGGAGAAAACCGUUCGCCGUUGGCCCACUUGCCCCAUUUGUCGAACCGUGAUUGACUUUCAAGCCUCAAAUCUGGUGCUAGAUGGCUAUAUCGACAAAGUUGUCGAAACCUUUUUUCCGGAGGAAACCCGUAAACUUCGUGCGGAUAUGCUCCAAGACCGCCGCGUCAAGAAAACUAAUUGAGACAAAGCCACAAAAGCCCGCGAAGGUCGCUUGCGACACUUCUUCCUGAGCCAGUUUGGCGACUCCGACAAUGAAUCCAGCCGCGGAGAUGGGUUUGCUAUUCAAGAAGUCGAUCUACCCGGACGCCCUUCCUCAACGACCUCUUCCUCACCAUCUGAAUCAUCCGUGGCGAGUGUGACCUCGGACGGAAGCUUUUCACCGGCCUCAAGCUCGAGUGUUGUUCGAUCAUCCACAUCCGGAUCGCGAAGCUCGUCUCGGUCCCGUUCCCGAACCCCAGAGCCGAGAUUGAGUCCGGUCAGAAGCCGGAGUGUUUCACCCGUUGUGAAUCAAUUUUCUUCCGACCACGAGUUCACGGAAGAUGAGUUUCCGGAUGACGAUUUCAUUCCUCAAGAUGAGGAUGAUUUCGGAGACCCGAACUACCAACCACCAAGAGAAGACGAACUGGACGGUGAGAUUGAAGAUUUCCAGGAACCUCAGUAUCCUUAUCAAGACGACAGUCCCGGCGAAGACAACCAAGAUGAGGAAGUGGCGGAUGAGGCCGACUUGACUGACACCGAUCACACAGGGUACCUUGAGUGCGUAGAUUCCGAAUCCGCUUCCUUCGAUUUUGGAGAGAGUGAUGUUGAUGAUAUGGGAAUCUAACUUUAAGCAAAACCAAUGACUCUCCCCUGUCAUCAGCACGCAAUGAAAUUAAUGCAAAAUUUCUCCGGUUUUACAAG